AUUCAAUUAAAAUCUCACAAAAUGAGUGGUGUUUUAAGACGAGGAUCCUUAAAUUUCGAUUUGGAUUCGUAUUCGAAACGUGGUAGUGUCGAAUCAAAUCUCUAUGGUGGUUAUCGCGAUGUCAAAGGAUCUCGUACACCCGAAAUAAGUGUUAUAUCGUUAGAUUUCCGCCGACAUUCGGAAGAUCUUAAAAAGGACUCUUUCAAAGUGAUUCAAAGUGCAGAAGAAAAAUGCCCCAGUGACGAUGUGGAUAGUGAUAUCAUUUCCAACUAUAUUGGCCACUAUGGCAAAUGGAAUUUUGUUUGGACAUUGAUAUUAAGUUUAUUUCAAAUACCACCAACACUUCAAAUGUUUGCCUUUGUUUUUCAGACCGCCGAUAAAGAUUAUUGGUGUGCCCGGCCCCAGCAAAUGAACAGUAUGGACUCAACAACAUGGAAAAAUCUAACACAAUCCUCUGACUCGUGCUCAAUUUUAAAUAUCGAUUACAGUGGAAUGACUACCAUGGACUCAUUGUUGGAUUACCUGAAAACUCCACUGCAAACAUUAAACUAUACGUCAUGCAAUGAAUUCGAAUUUACCGAUGAGGACAGUGAAUCUAAAACAUUGGUAGAAGAAUUCGGUUUAAUUUGUACCAGACGUCAAUUGUUAAGUGUUGUUGAAAUGUGCUUUCUAGCUGGAGCUGCUGUUGGUAGUGUUUCGAGUGGCUGGAUAUCGGAUCGUUUUGGCCGUAAACACACUCUAAUGGGUUUUGCUUUUGUUCAAAUAACAUUCGGUACUAUUUUGGCCUUCUCAUCUACUUUGGCCAUGUACAUGACACUACGUGUUAUAAUUGGAUUCGCUUCAAUGACUGUGGCAGUUGUUAGUUUCGUGCUUGUGGUCGAAUUGGUCUCCGGCAAAUGGCGCACAAUUAUUGGCAUUUUAAAUAUUUUACCGGUUGCCAUUACGUACGUACUAACAGCAGGAAUUGCGUAUUUCAUACGAGACUGGCGUACAAUGCAGUUAGUAAUAUCGUUGCCAUGGUUCUUCAUUUUGUUCAUAUGGUAUUGUGUACCAGAAUCGCCAAGAUGGCUGUUGGCUACAGGCAGACUUGAUGAACUAUUUGCCAUCGUAGAGAGGGCAGCACGCAUGAAUGGUACAACUUUGCCCACAAACUAUAAAAAAUCCUUGGAAGCGGUGGUGCCAAGACACAAUGCAAUCGAAACAGUUGAAGAAGCAAAAAUAUCUAAAAAUGAUACAAAUCCAAUUACGACAACAACAGCAACGCAAACAACAAUCAAACCGACCGAGGUAAUAACCAAUGAUGCCAGAAGUCCUUUGGUCGUGGUGUUCAGUAAAACAUAUUGGCGGACUACCUGUUUGACUCUUGUUGUUUGGUUGACACUGAUUAUCAUUUAUUUUGGUUUAACUUUACAUCUGAGCAAUUUGGGUGGCAAUAUCUAUGUAAACACGGCCAUUGCGGGUACAGUGGAAGCUGUUUCAAUUUGUUUGAGUAUAUUUGUUGUAUUGAAAUUGGGUAUACGAUUGAAUUUAAUCACGUACAUGUUGAUACCGGGCAUUUGUUGUUUGGCAACAAAUAUCGUACCCAAAGGAGAUGAGAAUAACAUUUACAUUAUUGCUUUAGCCAUGAUUGCGAAAUGCGUUAUUGGUGCCAAUAAUGCCAUUAUACCGACAUACACAGCCAUGCAGUAUCCCACAGUUGUGCGUAAUUUUGGUGUUGGAAUGGGUAAUCUGGCGGCCGGUGUUGCUCUAAUACUUGUACCUUAUAUGUGGCUCUUAGAACAUAUUGAACCAUUGUUACCCAUGAGCAUAAUGGGUGUUAGUGGUCUAAUUGGCGCAAUUGCUUUGGCAAUGAUGAAAGAUGUUGAAAACUAAUAGAUACGGUAUAAGUUUUUAAUGUAUACAAAUCUAAAAAGAAUCUGUGAUAUAGUAGAUUGAAUUAGAAAUGUUUGAUUUUAAUUUUUGAAUUUAAUGUUGACACAUGGGCUGUUGACAUAAGGCUUUGAAAGCUUAGAAAACCUCCGCUUUUUAAGCUGUUACACAAAUUAUGACCAAAUUUGGAAACUCUUUUUAGAAAUCACUUAUAUUUAAAGCUAAUUUUAUCUUUAAUAUGUUUUAAGUGGAAACAGUAAACUAAUGAUGUAGUGUGUUAAUUUUGAAAAUUAAAAAAAAAAAUAAUAAUAAUAUUUCAUUGUUUUCAACAAGUA